AAUUAAAAUAAUGUUCUGCAAUGUUGACCCAAGACAAAGAUGAAGAGCUUCUUUUGUUCCUGGAGAUGCGUCGUUGCGAGAAACGUCACCGACCUACGCUUUUAAUGGGAUCUGAUAAUACUAGUAGUACGACGGCGAUGUCGUCUCAACAAUACCCUGUCCGGAGAACUGCCGCCGAGAACUUACUGUACUCCGAUAACGAGAAGUCCGAUUACGAAUGGCUGGUCACGCCACCAGGCUCACCGAGUAGAAGCGUAACGAACCAACUCAACGCACCCGAUGAUAACCUGAUGACUCUUAUAUCUCGGUUAGAGAACUAUAGCAAAGAAGAAUACGAGAACCAAACGACGUCGUUACACAGUUCCUCCUCUGUUUCUGGAAUCAGAAGACCCUCGUCCUCAAGUAGCUCAAGAUCAACGAGUAGACCACCCACACCGACCAGAAAGUCUAAAACUCCAGCCAAAAGGCCAUCAACGCCAACCUCACGUGCCACCCCAACAGCUGCACGUGCCACAUUAACCUCGUCCUCUACUACUAGCUCAACAAGAUCAUGGAGCAGACCUUCCUCUAGCUCUGGAACUGGAACCUCACGUGUUACCUUAACCGCUGCACGUGCAACCAGGCCCACCACCUCAACCGGCCAGACCGGUUCAGCCACCUCUACUCGAUCCAAUAACCGGCCGCUGUCGGCUCCAAAUUCAAAACCAGGAUCGAGGUCAACUACUCCAACUCGCCGUCCAUCAACUCCGACAGGUUCAUCGACCGUACUGAGAAGUAAACCAACUAAAACGUUGAGUAAACCGGCUAUGUCUCAAGGAGCUCCUCCGAUCGUGAGAUCAAGGCCAUGGGAACCUUACGAGAUGCCUGGGUUCUCAAUAGAAGCGCCGUCGAAUCUCAGAACCACGUUACCGGAUAGGCCACAAACCGCUUCAAGUAGCAGAACCAGAGCGUUUGAUUCGUCAAGUAGUUCAAGAUCAGCGUCCAUAGAACGAGAUGUUGCAAAGAGGCAGUCUUGUUCGCCCUCUAGAAACCGAGCUCCUAAUGGAAACGUAAAUGGUGCUGUUUCGUUACGUGGACGACGAGCAAAGACGAACAAUGAUGAUGGUGAAUUGAUAAGUCAUGUGGCUAAGGGGAAUCAAAAGGUCGAGAGAGUUGUGAAUAUGAGAAAAAUUGCUCCACCGCGACUGACAGAAAGCGGCAGCCGACGACUUGGUGGUGGUGGAGGCUCCUCCGCUGGGAAGUCGAGUUCUGGAUCUGAUGGUUUCGGGUUUGGGCGAAACGUAUCUAAAAGCUCCAUCGACAUGGCCUUGAGACACAUGGAUGUUAAAAAAGGAAGCAUGGCGGGGAAUUUCCGACAGUCAGUGACAAAAGUACCGGCGACUUCAGUGUACAACAUGAGAUCAUGUAGAAACCGGCCGGUGAGCAGCAGCAGGAGCUCAGAAUCAAGUGUCAACAUUUUGUGCUUAGACGGUAGCGACGAUAAUCUCAGCGACAUAAGUUACUCUUAAGAGUUACAAUUUACUCUUUAUGUUCUUCAGUUUCAAUGAUUUCUUUGUUUUGUAGUAGAAAGAUAUUAAAUAUAUCUACUAUCAUAAGGUCCUAAAUAUUAGAAUGGCCAUGAAUUUUGAUUUAUAUAUAAACUAUUGACAUAAAGAGGCAAUUGUUAUCCGACUUGCAAUAAAAAAAACUGUCUCUUGGUAAUAAUGAUGAUACAGAUUGUAUAAAAUUGUGUUGUCCCU